AUGAGUGCUCAGCCACUUCCUGCUGUUCGACGAUUAGUCACCGGCCACAAUAGCCAGGGCAAUGCCAUUGUCUGGAAAGACAAUGAGAUUAGGGCAUCUCAGAUAGGACAUGGACCCUUCCUGACGCCAAUUUGGUCCACCGCCGAACUUCCACCGGAUGUCACUACUGCGGAAGACCUUGGCUUGGUCGAUACAGGACUGGCCAACAAGGGUACUAUUUGUCGAAUUGUUGACUUCCCACCAAACUCUGUGGGAAAGGUUCACCGAUCAAUCACUCUUGAUUACAUCUACGUGCUGGAGGGCCAAGUCACUUUGACCCUCGACGAUGGUUCAAAGACCAAGGUUCAAAAAGGCGACAUUGUUGUACAACAGGGGACGAUGCACGGGUGGGACUAG